AUGGAUAAUAUCGAUAAACAACAUCUAGGCGCGGCAGGGGUAUCCUUCCCUGCCGGCCUUGACGACUUCCGCGCCGCUAGGGAUCGGUGCGCUCACGCCUGUAGACGCUUCAACAGCAUGCCUGAAGAUGCUACACCAGAUGUUCGAACAAGCCUCUUUCUCGACAUCAUCCGACCGGCUCGGAACAGGAAAGAAGAUGGCGCUAUUACCCAUGACAUGACUUUCCGCGACCCAACCCUCAAGGCUCUUACUCCCUUUGUCAAGCCCCCAUUUUUCGUCGACUAUGGGUUGCGUCUUCGGGUAGGAGGCUCGACCUUCAUUAACCGGGGCUGUUUCAUUAUGGACACGCCCGUGGCCGACGUCACGAUUGGUGAGAACUGCAACAUUGGACCUCACUGUACGCUAGUAAGCGUCGGCCACCCAAUUCACCCAGAGGCUCGGGAAUCGCAAAGGAGCAGCAUUGGAAAGCCCAUCACCAUCGGCAAUGGCGUGUGGAUCGGAGCCAACGUUACCAUCUUAGGCGGCGUAACCAUUGGCGACGGAGCCGUCAUCGGCGCCGGUUCCGUAGUAACCAAAUCCGUGCCACCACUCCACCUCGCCAUCGGCGUUCCCGCCCGCUUCCGCCCCCUCGCCGAAGUCCCCCGCAAACUCGACGCCGGCUCAACCGUCGAUUCCCUCAAGGAGGCUCUUGCCUGUGGUCGCUCCUCCUUGUCUUCCUCACCGCUCAGCUCACAACAACAACAACAACAACAACAGCCAUCUUUCAAUACUACUGCGGGCAGCUACCACCACCACUAUCAACAACAACAACAACAACAACAACAACAACAACAACAACAACAAAACCGACUAUUAACCCAAAGCCAAGCCGAAGAACUCGACCGCCUCGCCAAGUUGUGCGUCAACCCGGCCCUCAUGCGCGCCGCCACCAACGAAUCCCACUAUCACUUCUCCAGCCACCAGUCCAUGCUUACCGAGCUCCGCUACACCGCCGGCGCACAGCAGCUCAAGCUCCGCAAGACCGAAACGAUUAGUCCGAGCGAUAUGCCUCGUGUGGACAUGACGCAGUUUGCUGCGUGGCAGUCUCACUCAUCAUCAUCAUCACAACAGUGCAGCAGCAGCAGCAGCAGCAACGGUGUUGGCGGCUCAUCAAAGGAAGCUGGUGGUGGUUCUUCUUCAUCAGUGCAUGGAGGAGCGGGAAGGGAAAGGAGGGUGUCGAGGAUCGUGAGGGCCGAGUUGACGGCCAUUGCGACGGUUACGGUGGUGGCGCUGCUGCUGAUUGUCGGCAUCUUCUUUGCGGGCGUGCUGUUGGGGGCCAAGAGGAUCACGAUUGUGGUGGAUGCGGUGGCGCCGGAGGAGUUGAGGAAGUUUGGUGGUGGUGGUGGUGGAGGAGUGGGAGGGGUGAAUUUGGUGAGGGGGCUGUAAUGCAAGUUCGUGCGGUCUCCCCGAGGAGGGAUCCUUGGGUCUUCCAAGUCAAGUCCGGGAGACUCGGGGCAGCAAGAGGUUGGUUGGUUGGUCGCAUUCUGAGGCGUUUGUUUGAUUUCUUUUCUUUUGGUCAUGCUUUUUUUUUUUUUUUUUUCACAGCGUGGGUUACUGGUUGGAUAUACCCAUUGGUUGGUUAAGGUCGGAGAUGGAAACGCGCGAGAUGGCGGCAUCCAAGGGCGGGUGUUGGGUUUCCCCAUUUUAUUUGCGUCCUGUGUCGUGUGGCUGGGGUGUAGAUGCAUUGUCAUUUGGUGUUUUCGGUUCUUCCUUUUUUUCCUUUUUUUUUUUUUCCAUCCUGGCUCCUGUCUCAUACUCACAUUUUGUCCCCUUCAGUCACUCCUUUCUUUUUGUCUUACUACACUUGUUCUAAUAUCUGGGGUCACCUUAUACAUCACAUCAUCUGUAAUAUCGUCGGGCGAGGAAUGUCGGAAAGGGAGAGAGAGAGGUCUGGAAUGGGAGGGAGGGGGCCGAGAGCGAAAAGUCAGGGAGCCAACAGGUUUUGGUGUCCAUACGACGACGGUGGCGGCGGCGACAGGCGGGACGGGACGGACGGACGGACGGACGGAGUUCUAUGGCAUCGACAUGGGGCCUCCAACAAAUGCUGCUGAGCGGCAAAAGCAACAACGAAACAUGGAAGGGAGGGAGGGACAACAACAUGGACAGGCGUCGAAUCAUCGUUUUUGGAAAAGAAUCUUAUACCCCCUCAUGGCAAAUGGGCAACUGGAUUGCUGUUUUUUUUUGCCUACACGUGUGCUAUCACGUGUGUAUUGAUUACUUUAUAGGAUAUAUGUACUUUUAGUCUUAAUCAC